AUGGCUUCACUGAGAAGAGUCAAAGUGCUGCUGGUGUUGAACUUGAUAGCGGUGGCCGGCUUCGUGCUCUUCCUGGCCAAGUGCCGGCCCAUCGCGGUGCGCAGCGGAGAUGCCUUCCACGAGAUUCGGCCGCGCGCCGAGGCGGCCAACCUGAGCGCGCACGGCGCCAGCCCCAUCCAGGACGCGGUCCUGAAGCGCCUCUCGCUGCUGGAGGACAUCGUCUACCGGCAGCUGAAUGGCUUAUCCAAAUCUCUUGGGCUCAUCGAAGGUUAUGGAGGGCGGGGCAAAGGAGGCCUUCCUGCUACCCUUUCCCCAGCUGAAGAGGAAAAAGCCAAGGGACCGCAUGAGAAGUAUGGCUACAAUUCCUACCUCAGUGAAAAAAUCUCGUUGGAUCGUUCCAUUCCAGAUUAUCGUCCCACCAAGUGUAAGGAGCUGAAGUACGCCAAGGAGCUGCCCCAGAUCUCCAUCAUUUUUAUCUUUGUGAACGAGGCCCUGUCGGUGAUCCUGCGGUCGGUCCACAGCGCUGUCAACCACACGCCCACACACCUGCUGAAGGAAAUCAUCCUGGUGGAUGACAACAGCGACGAAGAGGAGCUGAAGGCCCCCUUAGAGGAGUACGUCCACAAACGCUACCCGGGGCUGGUGAAGGUGGUGCGCAACCAAAAACGGGAGGGCCUGAUCCGAGCACGCAUUGAGGGCUGGAAGGCGGCCACCGGCCAGGUCACUGGCUUCUUUGAUGCCCACGUGGAAUUCACUGCUGGCUGGGCCGAGCCGGUUCUCUCCCGAAUCCAGGAGAACCGGAAGCGGGUGAUCCUCCCAUCCAUCGACAACAUCAAGCAGGACACCUUUGAGGUGCAGCGGUAUGAGAACUCGGCCCACGGGUACAGCUGGGAGCUGUGGUGCAUGUACAUCAGCCCCCCGAAAGACUGGUGGGACGCCGGAGACCCUUCUCUCCCCAUCAGGACACCAGCAAUGAUUGGCUGUUCCUUCGUAGUCAACAGGAAGUUCUUUGGUGAAAUCGGUCUGCUAGACCCUGGGAUGGAUGUGUAUGGAGGAGAAAACAUCGAACUUGGAAUCAAGGUAUGGCUCUGCGGGGGCAGCAUGGAGGUCCUGCCUUGCUCACGGGUGGCCCACAUCGAGCGGAAGAAGAAGCCAUACAAUAGCAACAUCGGUUUCUACACCAAGAGGAAUGCUCUCCGGGUGGCUGAGGUCUGGAUGGACAAUUACAAGUCUCACGUGUACAUAGCGUGGAACCUGCCGCUGGAGAACCCAGGAAUCGACAUAGGUGAUGUCUCUGAAAGAAGAGCCUUAAGGAAAAGUUUGAAGUGUAAGAAUUUCCAGUGGUACCUGGACCACGUUUACCCAGAAAUGAGAAGAUACAAUAACACCAUUGCAUACGGGGAGCUUCGCAACAACAAGGCAAAAGAUGUCUGCUUGGACCAGGGGCCACCAGAGAACCACACAGCAAUACUGUACCCAUGCCACGGCUGGGGACCCCAGCUGGCCCGCUACACCAAGGAAGGCUUUCUGCACUUGGGAGCCCUGGGGACCACCACGCUCCUCCCUGACACCCGCUGCUUGGUAGACAACUCCAAGAGUCGGUUGCCCCAGCUGCUUGACUGCGACAAGGUCAAGAGCAGCCUGUACAAGAGGUGGAACUUCAUCCAGAAUGGAGCCAUUAUGAAUAAGGGCACUGGGCGUUGCCUGGAAGUGGAGAACCAUGGCCUGGCUGGCAUUGACCUCAUCCUCCGCAGCUGCACGGGACAGAGGUGGACGAUUAAGAAUUUCAUCAAGUAG